CUAGAAAAUAGAAAUGGUUAUGAAAAGAAAUGAAACCAUUCGAGGAGGUCAAAUCCAAAGGCAUUGUAGGAAAUGCCGGAAUAAACAAACCCUGCCCACACGCCCUGUCUCUUUAUUGCACAACUAAAUUAAACUAAACUAAACGAAGCCCAUCUUCGUUUUGUUCAAAAACAUUUCCCACGAUAGAGAGAGACCUCAAAAGGAGCAAACUUUUCUCUCUCUACCUCCUCUCUGCGGGCUCUUUUUUGUUUUCUUCUAGUGUCUUUCUGAUUGGUCCUCUAAUACAUUUCCUUUCUGGGUUUUUGUGGUUUUUUCAAGGUAUAGAAGAUUUAAUUUGUGACGGAAGAUUCAAUGGCUCUGCUGCUCCUGCUUUUCUUAUUGAUGGUGCCUGUUGUUUCUGCUGAUGAAGAUGCCUUCAUUGGUGUGAAUAUUGGCACAGCACUCUCUGACAUGCCAAGUCCAACUCAGGUGGUAGCCCUUCUUAAGGCUCAGAACAUUCGACAUGUCAGGCUCUAUGAUGCAGACCGAGCCAUGCUCCAUGCACUUGCCAACACAGGCAUCCGUGUAACUGUUUCAGUUCCCAAUGAGCAGCUCCUUGGCAUUGGUCAAUCGAAUGCCACUGCAGCCAACUGGGUUGCUCGCAAUGUAAUAGCCCAUGUCCCUGCCACCAACAUCACAGCCAUUGCAGUUGGAUCUGAAAUCCUUACUACACUCCCAAAUGCUGCCCCUGUCCUGGUCUCUGCCCUGAAGUUUAUCCAUUCUGCCCUUGUUGCCUCCAAUCUUGAUGGCCAAAUUAAAGUCUCUACCCCUCAGUCUUCUUCCAUCAUCCUUGACUCUUUCCCUCCUUCCCAAGCCUUCUUCAAUCGCUCUUGGGAUCCAGUCAUGGUUCCCUUGCUUAAAUUUUUGCAGUCCACAGGGUCAUACUUUAUGCUAAAUGUAUAUCCAUACUAUGACUACAUGCAAUCAAAUGGUGUGAUCCCGUUGGACUAUGCGCUUUUCCGCCCCCUCCCUCCUAACAAGGAAGCUGUGGAUGCUAAUACACUCCUUCAUUACACUAACGUCUUUGAUGCCAUUGUUGAUGCAGCAUAUUUUUCAAUGUCCUAUCUGAACUUCACCAAAAUCCCUAUUUUUGUGACUGAGUCUGGCUGGCCAUCCAAAGGUGACUCAUCUGAGCCAGAUGCAACACUUGACAAUGCUAACACUUACAACAGCAACUUGAUUAGGCAUGUGCUUAAUAACACAGGCACUCCCAAACAUCCUGGGAUUGUGGUUAGUACAUAUAUUUACGAGCUCUAUAAUGAGGAUUCGAGACCCGGGCCAGUCUCCGAAAAGAACUGGGGGCUUUUUGAUGCCAACGGCAUGCCAGUUUAUACCUUACACUUGACUGGUGCUGGUACUUUACUUGCAAAUGACACCACAAACCAAACCUUUUGUGUUGCAAAGGAAGGUGCUGACCCAAAGAUGCUACAGGCAGCUCUUGAUUGGGCUUGUGGACCUGGGAAAGUUGAUUGCUCAUUCUUGUUACAAGGGCAGCCAUGCUAUGAGCCAGAUAAUGUUGUUGCUCAUUCAACAUAUGCUUUCAAUGCUUAUUUCCAGAAAAUGGCCAAGUCUCCUGGUACUUGUGAUUUUAAAGGUGUAGCCACCAUCACCACCAGUGACCCAAGUCAUGGUUCCUGUAUAUUUCCUGGAAGUGCUGGAAGAAAUGGUACCUUCCCAAAUACAACUUCUCUGGCGCCGUCAUCAAAUUCAUCGACAUCUGGUUGCCAUUCCGUAUAUUUCUAUGGUGCUGGUUCCUUCACAACCUCUGUGAUUAUAGGUGUUUUACUAAUGAGCAUGGUUUGCUUGUAAAACUUUGUGCAUUUGUAUCAGUUGUAACCCUUGGAUAGCAUUGGAAUCAUUCAAAACAUUUGUUUUUUUAUGCCAUCAGACAACUUGCGGCACACCCAAUUUUGGUUUUCCUGGAGAGGAGUUAAGGGGGUGGCCAGGUUGAUAGGUCAAAUAGCCACGGAGUAGUUUUUUAACAUGAGUUGGUGAAUUUGGAUUUUUUUUAUAGACCAGCGAAAAGAAUUCUGGAUGAUUAUUGUAAAGUUGUAACUAUCUUUUUAGGGCAGAAUAUGUAUUCUUUGAA